AACGUGACUGCACUGCUAAUCAAUAAGUGAGCUGACUAAUGUCAGAAUAAUGUGUGAGGCAUGAAGGGAGCCUGGUUUCAGUCCUGAGAAGAGUGCCUCAAUAGCCAGCUGGAGCAGGUCUGAGAAGCUUGUCACGGCUCUGCAAUGAGCAGACAGCUAUUGCAAAGCAGGAUGCAGCAGGAAUAUCGGAAUGUUUGCGUCCUUCUGCCCAACAGAGAGCAACUCAGUGUAACAAUCGGGGUAAAAGCCACCGGACAGGAGCUCUUCCAGCAAGUUUGUGACUUAGUGAAGAUUAAAGACCCUCACUUCUUUGGCCUCAGUGUUGUUAAAAACAAUGAAUAUGUAUUUAUGGACCUGGAGCAGAAGCUUAGCAAAUACUUUUCGAAGGAAUGGAAGAAAGAGACGAGCAAAGGGACAGAGAAGUUCAUCCCUCCUUUUGUUGCCUUCUUCAGAGUACAGUACUACGUAGAAAAUGGAAGGGCCAUAAGUGACAUGGCAGCACGGCACCUGUACUACUGUCAUCUCAAGGAGCAGGUGUUGCGGUCUCGGUGCCUCCACAAAGAAGAAAUCUACUUCCUGCUGGCUGCGUACGGUUUACAGGCUGACUUGGGCAACUAUACAGAGAAUGUCCAUGUUGGGAAAUAUUUUGAACCUCAAGCCUAUUUCCCACAAUGGAUAAUUGCAAAGAGGGGGAGUGACUAUAUCUUGAAGCAUGCUCCAGAGAUGCACCAAGAACAGCAAAGUCUGACCACUAAAGAUGCAAUCCUGAAGUUCAUUAAGGAGUCCUGUUUGCUGGAAGAUGUACCUGUCCAUUAUUACAGAUUACACAAGGAUAAGAAGGAAGAUCGCCCAACAGUUGUCCUGGGCCUCACCCUUAAAGGAAUUCAGAUCUAUCAGGAGGUGAACCACGUCAGCCAGCUGCUUUACGACUUUCCCUGGUCGCACAUUGGGAAACUUGCGUUUCUGGGGAAAAAAUUUGAGAUCCAGCCAGACGGUUUGCCUUCUGCCAGGAAGUUGGUGUACUAUACGGGUUGCGCUUUCCGGUCACGACACUUGCUGCAGCUCCUGAGCAACAGCCACCGACUCUUUCUGAACAUCCAGCCAGUGCUGAAGCAGAUCCGAAAGCUGGAGGAGGCUGAAGAGAAGAAGCGUUAUCGGGAAUCCUAUAUCAGUGACACUCUGGAGAUGGACCUUGACCCCUCAGAUAAGCACUCCCACGGCAGUGGAAGCAGUGGGGGCAGCCGGAGGAACAAUCGUCUGUCUCGUCAAUCAACUGGGAGCCAUGGCAGCUCACACACAUCUGGCAUUGAGGCUGAUUCGAGGCACAGGAUGUCAGUGGAAAUGUCAGUGGAUGAGCCCUUCGGUAUUGAUCGGGUUCAUCGGAAGGAGAAAUCAUGCAGCUCGACUGUUAGCUAUGGCAGCUCUGGCAUUGACAGUGGUGGCAAAGGGAGAGCUGAAGAUGACUCUCAGGAUGAUGAGGUUGAGCUGGCAGUGGAUGAGCCAGAGGAGGUGCCUGUGGAUGAGCCUAUAGAGAGAAACCGGUUGGAGGAGGCAGCUGAAGGAGAGUCUGUCAGUCCUCUUGCUUUAGAUGCACUUUGCUGUCAAGCCCUUAAGCAGAAGCCUGUCUCUGUGGUACAAGUCACACUGAUAAAAAUGAGAGGCAAAAGUGUGGAAUCUCUUCAUCAGCAGGUGAGACAGCCUAAAGACAGGAGCUGCGCAGACCAACACAGCCAGAGUUUGGAUGACAUCCGUCUUUACAAGCAUCGGCAUCCACCGCUAAGCUCCACGUUAUCUUCGGACACCUCCCACAGCUAUACGUUUGGCUGUGCACUGGAGGAUAAGCUGGCCAACUACGGCUGUGUUUAUUCAACAGCGGACUGCAAAACCAAGUCCGCCCUCUAUGGAAAGAGAUCCAUGAACUGCCUGUCUCUAGAUCUCUUGGGAGAAGACCAGCUGCCAGAGGAGUUUGUGGUGUAGCCAGGUUGGCACGGUCCUAACCAAGGAGACGGCUCAUUAGGGAAAUAAAAGCUACUAUAUAUACCUCAUCAAUGCCCGAUACAUUGCUUUUGAUCUCAGAGGUGAUUAGUAAAUGACUUUUUUGUACCCUAUUAAGGGAUGUAUAAGUAGUGUCACAACCCAACAAGCCUGACAAAAGUGCAAGUUUAUUACAGGGCAGCACUUUAAUUAAAAAGAAAAAUACUGGCAUUGGAAUAUCUGUCCUCUACCCAGCGCACCGUUAAAGUGGACUGCUCCAAUAGAAUAGACAAUUUUUUUUGUUUUAAAAUAUCAAUGGGCAGUUGGCCCAAAACACCUAAUAAGCUAAUAGCACAGAGAGCACAUCUGAAUUGACUUACCUGAAAG